AUGGGUCUCAUCAAAGGAGGUUUCCUCCGCCUCUCCCAGACGUUCCUAUACGUUCUGGCAUUCUUGUGCUCUGCUCUGAUCAUUGGAAUCUACUCAUACUUCCUCGCAGUCCUAGCAGACCGAGAUGUCUCCAUACCAACCUACGCCAAAGCAGUCGAAGGAAUCGCCGGCGUAGCAACCCUCUUCACCCUCUUCGCCGUCGUCCUGACCUGUUGUCUCGGAGGAAUCACCUUUUUCGGCCUGCUCGCAGUCCUCCUCAACAUCCUCGUCAUGGGCGGCUUCAUCGCCAUCGCCGUCCUGACCCGCUCAGCAGUCCACUCGUGCACCGCCAACAACAUCCGCACAGGCCCUCUAGGUCGUGCCGCGGACUCCUCUUUCAACAGCAACGUCACCUACGCCGUCUCCCCUCGCACAGCCUGCAGACUCAACAAAGCCGUCUUCAUCGUCUCCAUUAUCGGCGCUUUCCUUUUCCUUGUUUGCGCUUUGGUGCAACUCCUCAUCGUGCGUUCGCACAAGAAGGAGAAGAAGAAGUAUGGACCUUCGCCCGCGAAUGAUUACACUACUGGAUAUGGCGAGCAAGGGAAGAAGAAGUUCUGGCAGAGGAAGACGCAGUCGCAGACGGAUGGCAACAAUGGUGCGAGAGCUAUCGAUCUCGUGCAACCGGUUCCUGCGGGCACUCUGGGACAUGCGGGCCCGGAUAUGAGGCCUAGCUAUGAGACUGCCACGACUGUUGGAAAUGGUGGUGUCUAUGAUAAGGAUGCCACUGCUGUUCCUGCUACUGGUGUCAUUUAUGGGCAUGAGACUGCCACCAACCCACACACUCAGCACCACCACUAUUGA